AUGGUCGCAGCAGCUGAGUAUCCGCAAGCAAUGGUCGCAGCAGCUGAGUAUCCGCAAGCAAUGGUCGCCCGCAGAGACUGUUCGGCAGAGACUGUUCGGCAGAGACUGUUCGGCAGAGACUGUUCGGCAGAGACUGCUCGGCAGAGACUGCUCGGCAGAGACUGCUCGGCAGAGACUGCUCGGCAGAGACUGCUCGGCAGAGACUGCUCGGCAGAGACUGCUCGGCAGAGACUGCUCGGCAGAGACUGCUCGGCAGAGACUGCUCGGCAGAGACUGCUCGGAUGA